AUGUUGUACGAUGUUAGCGGAGCAGACGAUUCUGAACGUAUUGUGUUUACAAGAAAUGGUAAGUUGCUAGAAUCGAUGUAAUGGUCAGCCAAAAUCGUGCAGUACAGCUUUUUAGAAGCCCUUCGAGGAGCAUGUGUCUUCACAUCACAAUUGGACAUGGUCAUAAUAUACUUUGCUUUGCUGCAGUUCAUUGAAGACAAGCAGAUCGGAGUCCCUUACCUGGUAUUGAUGGUGUCUAGCUUCUUGUUGAUCAACCAGGUUACUAUAUUCUUUGUGACAGAAGAGUUUGACGUUGAAGGGAAGCUCAAGUCAAUGUUGACUUUUGCUUUGUUUGGCUACGGGUUUACGCCUAUGAUACGAACCUUAACCACUUCUAUUUGUACGGACACCAUCUACGCAGUUUCUUGGAUUGCGUUUGUCUUGAGCAUGGUAUUCCAAGAUUAUGGUCUUAAAGGCCCUUUGUAAGUCUCUUAAUGUCUUUUUGUUGUUUUGUAGAUGUGUAGUUAAUAUGAACUACUUUUAGAGUCAGUCAUGUUUUGUCACUGAAUCUGGGUAUUUCUGGAGCUGUGUUUUUGGUGUCACGGAUGGGUGACAACUUCGAUGCUUUCUGGCUUCUAACCACUGCCAUUUGUUUUUUCGUUUAUUGGCCACAGAUCAGGAACAAGAUUAACAACAUCAGCUUUGCUUUUCCUUUUUUCUACGAACUUAUUUGUUUCAGUAUAGCGUGUUACAGUGUGUCGAAACUGUCCGAAUCAUACUUACACAUGUUACUCAUAUCUCAUACGUUCUUGUUACUGGUAUUUCCAAUGAUGUUAAUGUUCCUGCAGCCGAUGAAGAACACCAUUCAUGGUCCUUGGGACAUAAUGGCUUCAUAG